AUACCAUUUCCAACAAUUUCAUUUUUCUAACCACCACCAGUUCUCUCUCUCUCUAGAUCCCUCUCUUUCUCUCUCUACCUAGCUAUUGAUGAAGAAGAAAUGAGGGACCGAAUGGAAAGGCUUGUAGUUCUUCCCUUCUCUGUUGGUUGUGUCUCUGAGUCCAGCAUUGCAGUUUGUGCACAACAGCCUAGAAGAUCAAAAUUGGACACUCUUUCUUCAUCUUCCAUAAGAACUCGAGAAGACGAGGAAGAAAGCUUAUCAAGUGAAAGCUUGAGGAGCUCAUCAUUUAGGAUGCUGGCACUUACAAAGCCUAACAUUUCUACUGGGAUUAGAAGGCUGUUCAAGGGUUUCAAAAGCUUCUCUCAAAUAUUUGUGUACAAGGAAGAGAUGGAUGAGCUGGAAAUGGAGAUGCAAAUAGGGUUGCCAACAGACGUGAAGCAUGUGACACACAUAGGAGUUGAUGGUACUACAACUACUACCACCAACCCCACAAAGGGAUGGGAUAAUCUCAUGGCUCCUGAGUUGCUCUCUCUCCCUUCUGUUUCUUUGAGGCAGUUUGAGCUUGCUAUGGCUGCACAAGUUAAUUGCCACUCCACACAUUAAUAUUUGUUCCUCUUAGGUAUUGGCUAAAGAGACUAUGAUGACAAUAGUUAUUAAUGAUCAAUGAUGUGGAUGGUGAUUGUUUUUUUUUUUUUUUUUUUUUUUUUUCAGUGAAUAUUGGUGGUGGUGAUGUUUUGUUUAUGUUAAAAUGUAUAAAUCAUGAGAAAUAUUAGAUUGUAACUCUCCCUUCCCCUCUCUCCUGAACUCAUUUAUAACUUUGAGACUAUUUAAGGUUUGUUUGGUU